AUGAAGCGGACUCUCUGGAGCUGGCUGGGCUGCUGCCUCCUGGUGUCAGCAUUAAGAAUAGUACCUCCUCCGGAAAAUGUCAGAAUGAAUUCAGUUAAUUUCAAGAACAUUCUUCAGUGGGAGUCUCCAGCUUUUUCUGAAGGAAAUCUGACUUACACGGCUCAGUUCCAAAGUUAUAACAGCUUCCAAGAUAAAUGCAAGAAUACUGCCUUGAUGGAAUGCGAUUUCUCAAGUAUUUCCAAGUAUGGUGACCACAUUCUGCGAGUCAGGACUGAAUUUGAAGAUGAACAUUCAGAUUGGGUAAACAUUACCUUUUGUCCUGUGGAUGAUACUGUUAUUGGACCUCCUGAAUUGCAAGUAGAAGCACUUGCUGAUUCUAUACAUGUGCGUUUCUUAGCCCCCAGAGUUGUAAAUGAGUUUGGAAUAUGGACCAUGAAGAAUAUGUAUAGUUCAAUGGUUUAUAAUGUGCAAUAUUGGAAAAAUGGCACCGAUAAAAAGUUUCAAAUGAUUGCUCCAUAUGACUUUGAGGUCCUCCGAAAUCUGGAGCCAUGGACAACUUACUGUAUUCAAGCUCAAGGAUUUCUUCACGAUCAGAACAAAAGUGGGGAGUGGAGCCAGCCUGUCUGUGAGCAAACAACCAAAGAUGAAACAGUCUCCUCCUGGAUUAUUGCCAUUGGCCUCAUAGGCUCCGUUUUCUUGGCCUUCCUCAUGCUCCUCAGCUGCUUCGUCUUGAUGUGGUACAUUUACAAGAAGAUAAAGUACAUCUUCGUCCCUGGCAAUUCUCUUCCACAGCACCUGAAAGAGUUUUUGAGCUACCCUCAUCAUGGCCCCCUGCAGUUUUUCUCCAUCCCACCAUCUGAUGAAGAUGAAGUAUUCGACAAAUUAAGUGUUAUUACAGAAGACUUACAAAGCAGCAAACAGAGUUCUGGUAGCAGCUGCAAGCUCAGAACCUUGGCCAAGCAGGACUUCUUCGAGCCAGUCUCUGAGGAAGAAACAGCCCACCAGACACAGUGA